AUGGUAUCCUUGGGUGUUGUGGUGACAUUGUUAUUGCCGAGUUUUGCGGUGUUUUACGGGACGUACCAUUGGCAUGUUAUAUCAACCAGGCGGUACUGUACAAGUUAUGCCAAGCUCAAUGGAAACACAGUCAUUGUAACGGGGGGUAACUCUGGUGUCGGUCGGGAGACAGCAUUGGACUUGGCCCAGCGAGGAGCUCGGGUCAUCCUCGCCUGUCGCAAUCUACAGAAGGCCGAAGACGUAGCGAAGGACAUCAAGAGUCGUACGGGUAACUCGGAGGUUGUGGUCCGUCAUCUCGAUCUGUCCAGCUUGCAGUCGGUCAGAGAGUUCGCCCAACAGAUCAUUGAAACUGAAGACAGACUAGAUAUACUAAUUAAUAAUGCAGGUGUUGCUGCCAUGAAAACAGGCGCUGUUACCAAGGACAAUUUUGAAUUUGUCUUCGGCACCAACCACUUCGGUCACUUUCUCCUCACAAAUCUCCUCCUGGACUUAGUGAAGAAAAGUGCCCUCAAGCGGGUCGUUACUGUAUCGUCAUCUUUGCACGAACUCUCCUCUGGGCUGAACAUGACUCGGGAAGACCAGAGUGUGGCUUCGUUCCUGUACCCCCACUUGCAGGACUACCUUAGUAGUAAGCUCGCGAAUGUCCUCUUUGCCAGGGAGUUGGCGAGUCGAGAGAAGGCUAGCGGACUGGUCUCUAUAUCCCUCCAUCCUGGAAUGACUAACACACCGAUUUGGCAAACCAACUUUGCCAAUGUGUCUCCUUUCAUGGGUGCACUCUACAGAGCUUUCUCCCCAAUAAUGUGGUUGUUCUUUAUCGACGAGACGGCUGGAGCGCAGACUACGCUCCAUUGUGCUCUGGAUGAAUCGGUGGCUGAACUCUCCGGAAAGUACUUUGAUAACUGCGCGGAGUAUGAACCGUCGCCAUUCGCUCAAGACGACGAGCUCGCCAAGGAGUUAUGGACAGUCAGUUGUGAAGCCACUGGUCUGAAAUAA